UUAAUAUUUUUUUGUUCUGUAGUUAGUAAGUUCCGACUGUGCUAUGAUCACAAGCUUGUACUUCGGGGGGUGCGGUGCUAACAGUUAUGCAACAAAAACUAAAACUAAAAUGUUUGAAAUCCGCUCACCGGGGAGGCCCGUGGGAUUGAAUCCAACUAAACGAAUGAACUCGUGACCAGGUGUGUGUGUGACUCACCUGGCAGAAAACGUCUGUGCGAGUCGUAGUUUCUAUCCGGACGGUGCAACCCCGGAGUUGGCGUGACGAACAUCGAACACACCCUCGGUCUCUCGGCGGACGACGGGGACGCAGCGGUGCGCCUGCCUUCUGACGUCCUUACGUCCCGCUCGGGCGGGCGGGGACACGACGAGAGCCUCACAGAGAGGAAACAAUGGGAGAAGUUUGUAAGGCCGAGGACGAGAAGAAGAAGAACAAGACAUGGCUGCGGCUGAUUUGGCGAAUCUGCAACGUUUUCAUGUCUGUAUUCUUCGCCCUGGCCACAUAUGUACAGAUCAAUGAUCCGGACGCAGGGUUGUGGAUGGUCGGUUAUGGUCUUCCUUCAGUGCUGUGUGCAUGUAUUGGUUUGGAACCUCACGUGACAGAGACGUUACCCUGGAGGCGUGUCGCCGAUCUGCACGUGAUGGUUUCCAGUGCCGUCGUCGCCACGUUGGGUUGGACACUUUACACAGAGCGGAUCACUCAGAUCUUCCAGCAGGAGGAGGGCAGAGAAUUUUCUGGCCUCGCAUUGACGGGUGUUUGGCUUCUCCUGUGUCGCCACACUGGAAGGGCUCCGGUCGGGAAGCUGAGAGUCUCCGCGGCUGUCUCCAUCACCGUCUUCCCCUUCGCCGCCUGGCUUUACUACUACGUCAACAAGGAGCUGAGGUCCAACUGGCCGUCACACUGUAAAACCGCCAUUUAGGAUCCACCGCUCCUCGUCUGUUUCUUUGCUGAUUAAAGGUUAAUUCUGUGAAGUUGUUACAACUGUAAAUCCUGCAACAGUUGAUGCUGCGUGAGUAAAAAGUAUUUGUAGUUGAAAGGGUUGUCACAUUUCAAAGAAAUAUUUAUAUAUUUUUCUAUUGAACUGUAUUGCAUCAAUAUUACUAACUGCUUAACUAUAUUUCUCAUUACAGUUCAAUUGUAAUUUUACAUUUUGGACUGAUAAUAAUCAGAGUGAAUGUUAUUAAUUUUUACAUCCACUCCGAUAAUUUGAAAUAACUUUUAAAUGAAGUGCAAUGUGUAAAUAAUAUAGAAUGACGUGAAAUAAUAAAAACAAUAAAGUUG